GCUUGAUUUUGUAAUGCGAGAAGUAAAAGCAUUGGCUAAAUUAGACCAUCCAGGCAUUGUGCGUUACUUUAAUGCAUGGGUUGAAAAUCCUCCUAAAGGUUGGCAAGAAAGCAAAGAUCAAGAGCAAAAUAUUGUUGAUAUUACUCAAAAUUGUUCAAAUGCUUCUGAGUCAUGUGCAUCGUCUUCCAACAAGCGAACAGUGUCAUCAAACAAAGUCAAGGUUUUAAAUAAACUGAAAGAAAACCCACUUAAUCCAUUUAAGGAUAUUACUUUAAACAAUUUACAAAGUGACUCUGAAAUAAUAGAUAAUUCUCAUUCUAUGCAAAAUUCAGUUCGUCCAUUUGGAUUAUUUGUAAAACCUUCCAAUUUAAGCUGUAGUUCAUCUUAUUCUGAGAAUUCCAUACAUAAUUCUAAUAUAUCUUUUAGUUCCCAAAAUGAUGCUGUACUUCUUCCAUCUGGAUCUAAAUGUAUUAAAACAGUGGAUGAUGCUAAUAUACUAGCAGAAGAUCUGGUAAACAAAAAUUACAGUAUUGGUAGAGAAAAGAAUAAAUCACUACGUCAGAAAGAAAUGUUUGGUACAGAAACCCAUACUCAAACUUAUGACGAUCAAUCAUCUUUAGGCUGUGAUUGUGUAAAUUCCUUUAUUACAGAUUUCAGGUAUCCUAAAGAAGUGGCAGUGUGUGAAAAUAAUGUGCAAGUGUAUCGUUCAAAUAAGUUGUCACAUAAACGAAAUAUUAAUUUGUGCAGCUGUAAUCAAACCAAAGAUAUGCCAUUAGUUGUUGAAAAUUGUGCUCAAACAGAAGCAGAUGAUGAAGAUGAUAGUGAACCAGCUUACUUAUAUAUUCAGAUGCAGUUGUGCCGUAAAGAAAGUUUGAGUCAGUGGCUUUACAGGAAUUCCCUCUCUCGAAACUACCAAGAGGUUAUGAUUAUAUUUUAUCAGAUUAUAGAAGCUGUGGAAUAUGUUCAUGCAUGUGGUUUAAUGCAUAGAGAUUUAAAACCAUCAAAUAUAUACUUUUCUUUGGAUGGAGCUAUUAAAAUUGGAGAUUUUGGAUUAGCUACCUCUUCUGAGAUUGGAAGGCAAGCAUGCGAAGAUGGUGAUAUUGCUUUUCCUCAUUUGCAUACCUGUGAUGUGGGUACUGCAUUAUACAUGAGUCCAGAACAAAGUUUAAAGAAGACUUACGACUGUAAGACUGACAUAUUUUCUCUUGGAAUUAUAUUUUUCGAACUUCUGGUACCACUUCCAACAUUUAAUGAAAGAUACAGGGUUUUGAAGUCUGUUAGAAAAUUAGAAUUUCCAAAUAAUUUCCUUGAAAAUUAUCCUGAAGAGAGCAUUCUACUGAGACAGUUGCUAAAUAAUGAUUCUGCAAACAGGCCAACAGCUUAUGAAAUAAAAGAGCAUCCAUUGUUUCAACCUUACAGAACAGUGCAAUGAUUUUUGGACUUCACCACCUUUAAAUAUAUACUCUGGACUUACAUUAGCUAUUUAUGGACAAGUUUCUAAAAAAAGGAAUUGCGUUUACGAAAACUUUUAUAUUUUGAACUUUUCAGUAUCGUGUGUGUGUAUAUAUAUAUUAUGAUGUACAUUAAAUGUAACAUAAUUUUUAGUUUGAAAACAUAUAUUUAUAUAUAUGUGUGUGUGCAUGUGUUAGAAAUAUAUAUGUGUGUGUGCAUGUGUUAGAAAUAUAUAUGUGUGUGUGCAUGUGUUAGAAAUAUAUAUGUCUAUAUGGAUUUUACACAAUGUAAUACAGUAAUCUGUUUUUAAUUUCAAAAUGCUGAAUCCUAACUGUUGUUUUUAAGUUUUUAAAGGGAUACGAUCGUGAAAAAUAAUAGAUUUUGCAACUGAAAUCUUAUUCAUUGUUAAUUGUGAGAUUUAAAAUCUAAUCACUUUUUUAAAAGCUUUAGACAAAAUUGCAUUAUCAAAUUUGUAUAUUGUUAGACUUUAUCAGAAAUUUUAUUCUGUUGCAUUCCAUAAAUAUUUUAUUAUGUUACUAUUUCCCUCUUCUGCUUUUGGUACUUAUGUUAUUUAAUUAUAAGUAUUCAGUGUGUAAUAUAUUAUUUUUUCAUAUGUAAGCAUUAUAAUUUAUGGAGAAGUGGUGUAUUUUGAAUCUGACAUGCUUUAUGCAGUAUCUUACAGUAGAUAGCAUGAUGUCCAUCUGCUAAUUGAGUGAUUAGCUUGUUUACUUAGCACAACAUAAGAAAUGAAUGGUAUGAUGUAUUGAUAAAUUUAAUUUUUUUUUUUUACUAGAGGAUGAAUGGAAAUGUAGAGAACUGAUAUAGUAGAAAAAAUAAAUCGGCAUAAUUGCUACAAAAUAGUGAGAUUUGCUUUUGAACUUUUUUUUACUGUUUAUUAAAUUUGAAAGUUUAUCCUUGUAAAAAAUGUAGUGAUUUUAACAACUUUCCAUUUUCUGACAUUUACUGUCAUUCACUAUUUUCCGUUUUAUUGAGUACUUUUUUGUCGAUUUCGUUUUUGAACUGAUGCACAGUUUUAUCAUUUGAACAUCUGUUUGGAUGCUGUGCUGUCUGUGUGAUAUUAUCAGGGCCUGUGAUAGGCUUUUUGCCUCCAAGUCUAUUUCCUGCAGCUUCUAAAUUCUAACAAUUGUUCCAUACCUAAUUCUGCUGCCCAGUGCAGUAUAACAGUUGCAUUUGAUGUUACCAGUCCUGAAUAUAUUUUAUUGUUGAUCAUUCCUUGCCAAAUUUAGUGUUUCUUCUUGAUUACUCGUUUUUUAAAUCUUUAAACAUUAUUUGGCAGCUAAACACGUUCCUGAAAUAUCACAUGUAAUAUAAUUUUUGAAUGUAAUUUCUUAAUUAUGUGUAAUUUUAUUGUCCAUGAAUUUUUGUUAUUUCAAACUGAGUUUACACCAUCAUUAUUUAAUAAGAACAAAUAUAAAAAUAACUUCUAUUUGUAUAGUUUUAUGUGACACCCAUUCCUGAAUUAUGAAUGAAAUUAAAAAAACGAAAACAUCUUUACCUUUAUAUGUGUGGAUGGCUGCAGUUUAUGUGCCAAAACACUGGAAUGGCCUCAUCAGUGUGUAAUAGCUUAUCCUGUCAUACAAAGUACUCAAGGUUGAAUCCAAUUUUCAGAAUUUUAACGAAUAGGAUAUAAUAUUACCCCAAAUAUAAUUUGUUUUUAUUACAGUUAUGCAUGUAGCUGCCAUCACUAAAGGGAUUGGGAUUAUUCAAUUACAGCAAAGCCUCAAGGGCUAUCUGGCUAAAGGGAGGGAUGCCUUCGUGGAGGACUUUCUAAGGGAAACUGGAUCGUAUACACAUUACACAUGGGGAAAACCACGAAACGUCAAAUUAUGCUCAUAAUCAUUUUAGUUGUGAAGAAUAUACUAAGCAAAAUUUGAGAAUAAAACUGAUUUUUUUUUUCAUAUUUCAUUUUUGAGGAUAAUAUUUAAAUUAUGCUCAUAAUUAUUUUAGUUGUGAAAAAUAUACUAAGCAAAUAUGAAAAUAUGAUUUUUUUUUAAAUUAUAGGCAUGUUUUUGUUUUUAAUUAUUGGGGCAAUAUAAAAAAAUGCAAAUGUUGCCUUAUCUUUUUUAUUAACUGACAUAGAUUGUUUAAAGUCCACAUGUUGUUGGAGUGAGUGUUCCUCUAAAUAAAGGUAUUCCUUAGUUUCAUUACAAACAUUGAAUUUGUUCCAAUACUGAGCCCUGAUUUGCAAAAACUCAGGUGUGCUUUAUGUUAAUUGCUUUUCAACCAUUUUUAUUUCAUUUAUGUCAGUGGAUUGUUGUCCAGUCAUUUAUCAUAUUAAACCAGUGGAAAUCUGAAGAUAUAAAAUCAGCUGCCCAAAUGGAAUAGUGGUCAACGAUGCUAAUUACUGUACCAAAAGGCUCAGGAUUGAAUCCCAACGAAGACAUGUAUAGGUGUAAAUGAAUAGUGCCUGUGUGGCAUGGGAGCACUAUAAAUAUGUGGCGAGCUGAAAGUCCUCCUGAGAGGUUGGUGGUAUGGGAAGAGGGGUGAGAGACCCUUUGACCCUCCCCCAGGUGCUCUCCUUCAAAAUUGGUGGUGGAAUUGAGCAGUUAUACCGUCGCCUGUAUGGUGCUCAAGGUUCUUGCCUACGACAAGUGCAACAGUGCAUUUCUUGCCACAAUGAAUUUCAUGGGUUUGUUCUGAUGUUACUGUCAGGCAAGUGAGACAAGUCACAACAGCAGAUAUAAGGUCAAGUUUGUGUCAUGGAUGAGAGACUAUUUUCCAUUAUAUCUGAUUGCUUGCAUUGUUUCCAAUGUGAGCGUGUGUAUUAUCAUUGAGACCAAGCAUAAUGUUCAGGUUCUUGUUGCAAUCGUUUUCUGAAUGACUUCCUGCAACUUUAGAGCAUCUGAAUGUAUCACUUGCUGUCAAAGCAUGGUCAUGAUGAAAAUCAUCAAGGGAAAGUGCUGCUAAUGUCACCUGUCCCCAAAAAAUCAACUUCUGUGCUUAUUGUGUUUAAAUAUUCUGCCCUUUGGAGAAGAGAGGUAAUGCUCCUUAUUAGACCAGCAGUUCUCAACCUUUUGACUAAUACGUAUCUUCUAAACAAAAAUGUACUACUACUACCACCACUACUUUAGUACUACUACUACCACCACCACCACCACUCUUGAACAAAGCUCAAAUCGCAUGAAUUUACGAGUGUUAGAGAAAAACCUCAAUCAGGAUGUUGGGGUUUUAAUUUUUGAAUUUAAUAGUUAUCCCUUUGAUGCGCGCUCUCUGAAACCACCAAUUUUCGAAUUUUUUUCUUUUCUUUCCGAAAUUUUUGAGUGAAAAUCAAUUGAUUACUGAUCUUUUACCUCUAAAUAACACAAAAUGACUGCAGAAUCGUACA